CAGUGCCAGUGUGCCACUUCGAAGAUGUCGAAGAGAGGGAGCAAUUCCUUCAGAGAAGAAGUGAAGCGCUUUUUCUCUCGCACACAACACACAGUUGGCAGUACUACACGCUUAUUAAUUAUUGUUUGUUACUGUAUAGCUACCGUGUGACUGUGUGAGAGUGUGAGAGAGGGAGAGAGGGGUGGAAGGAAAAUGUUGAGUACACUGAAAAUUCAGCCAAAAACGACGCCGCCUCGAGUUUAUCCCAGGUGUAAUGCCGGAGGAUUCAGUAACCAUCGCCGUUUUAAUUUACCGUUGAAUAGAAACCGGCGGUUUGUGUCUGUGUCUUUGGAGCAAGCUGAGCCGUCGGAUUCAUCCUCUCAUCUGACCUCCACCGUCGGAUCAUCAUCUUCUUUAUCUCCCGUUCAAUGGACCCUGUCCAGUCGCCACCUUAGCAUUCUCAGUUACACGGCUUGCGCGGUAGCAAUAUCAGCAACCUGGCUUUUCUGCUGGGCGAUUCCAACAAUGCUGGCUUUUAAGAGAGCAGCUGAGUCUUUGGAGAAGUUAAUGGACGUCACAAGAGAGGAGCUUCCUGAUACAAUGGCUGCAGUUCGAUUAUCUGGGAUGGAGAUAAGUGACCUAACCAUGGAGCUUAGUGACAUUGGUCAAGAAAUUACACAAGGUGUCAAAAGUUCUACUCGAGCUGUUCGGGUGGCAGGGGAAAGAUUGAGGCAGUUGACUAAUCUGUCUCCAUCAGUGCCUGUGCAGGUGGUAGCUCCGAUGGAGGCGAAGGAUAAAGUACCAGUUCUAGCUAGAACAGCCAGAGGCAUAAGGAUUGGGAUUGUAAAGGGUCGUGGAUUUUUUCAAAUGAUUUUCACCCUCACUCAUUUUUAUAGGAUUGUCUUGAACUUCUUCAAAGCUCGAGCUAAGGCAUGAAUUGAGAUCUUGAAGUCACAUGUUACUUGGAGAAUCAGGAACUUCGAUGAUGUUUGCUUCAGGGACAAAGAAAAUUUCAGAUCUUAUGACGGAAUAUACCAGAUAUAAAAGUAGUGCAGUGAAGGAACAUAAGUUGGGCUUUUCUAUUGAUAAUCUUGAUGGGAUUAACUCUACCUGGUUCUAUAGUGUUUCAGGCGGGUAUGGUUAACAUAUGUACAUGGUUUUCUCAGGCAUAUCUGGUAAUGGACCUCGUGUCCAUCUGGAUGAGAAUGAACUGUUGGAGAUUGUAUUGACUCUUGAGCUUCAUGUAAGGGGAUUUGCUGCAUUAUGUUUCUCUCGUACCCACCAAACAAAAAAAAAAAAAAAGGAGAGAGAAAGGGGAUUUGCUUAAUUCUGAUCCUAGAUGUACUGAUUUUGGUUGUUUUUUUUUUGUGUGUGUGGUUGUUGGGGAAUGCCGGAAUGAUAUAUAUGUUGGGAAAUUUUCUCCUCCAUUGUAUAGCA